AUGUCUCGCAACCUCCGAAGCAAGACCAACGACCAGCUCUUGCAGAUCUUGCGCCACAGCAUCUCAUAUCGCCGUAUCGACGCAAGAUAUCCGCGCAACGUCAUCGCCGACAACCUGAUCCUUGCUCAUGCACUUAAGUGCAUUGAAGUACUUCAAGACGGUCAUGUCAGUUCCAAACACGCCGAGGACUUGUGGUACCGUGAGCUUGCGAUUCGGAUUCGUAGGAGAGAGGCAGUUUUCUUCUACGGACCCAGCAAGAAUAACUCAAAUAUCAGAGUCUCCUGGGCCUUGCGUGAUGUGACUAUUGUGGCGAUUGAGCUGAUUGAUAACCUCAGAAAGCGUGCCGGUCGCGAUCAGCAUCAAUCAAGCGGCACAGGAAACAAAAAUGCGAAAGGAAAUGCAAAAGAGGUGGAUAACACUGCUGGAUCAUCUAUGAUGACAAGGAGCAUGCGAAACAAGGUCUCUGCUGAAGUGACUCGCGGACAGGGAAACUCUGGAGAUGUGAACAGCAGAGUCAAUCCGGCGGUCCCAAUAGUAGCAUGUGUUAGGAAGAAUCGAUUUCUAAUGGCGAAGAAAGAUGAGGAGCCAACUGUCGAGCAGCAAUGUGUUACACGGACGCUAGACAGUAUUGAGGCCUGGGCUGAUGCUUGGUUGGUUGGCAAGUUGAGCACUGAUGAGGACUGGAAGGGUUUCGAGAAUUGUUUGGGUGGUCCAGGGGCUUAG